AUGAUCUCUCAAGUUGAACAUGAUAUCAACAAGAAGAUUGCGGUGGAGCAGAAUAUCAUUCAAGGGGCCAAGAACUUGAAGAAAAAGACUUCAAAUUCGAUGGUUAUUCAGAAAUGUAACACGAAUAUUAGGGAAGCAAAGCAAAAUAUUCAAUAUUUACAGGAAACUUUAAAGAAAAUCCGUUUGAAUGAUGAAGCAAAGAAUAACGAACAAGAUAAUACACACGAACUUGGGAAGAAUACAGAAUAUGGAUAUCUAUCUACAAUCUCCCCUAAUGAACAUAUUUUCUCUCGUCUUGAUCUAACUAAAUACGAUUGUCCGUCGAUGUCCCAAAGAAUUCAAUACAUGUUACAACAAUUAGAAUUUAAAUUACAAGUUGAACAACAAUAUCAGGAAGCAAAUACCAAAUUGACUAAAUUAUAUCAGAUCGAUGGGGAUCAACGUAGUAGUUCGGCAGCAGAAGGUGGUGUUGUUGAAUCCAAACAUAGAAUUAUGAUGCUUAAGAAAGCAACGAAAAAGUAUCAAGCACUUAAUAUUGAUCUAGGUCAUUACAAACACAAUGAUAAUGAUUUAAUGACUAAUCAACAACCUAAGUUUAGGAGAAAACCACUUACAGGGGUGCUAAAGAUUAUGGUUAAUGGGAUUAGAGAUGUUGAUCAUAUCCAAUCACCAAUGUUUGCCAGAAGUCCUGAUUCGUUUGUAGAGAUUAAGAUUGAUGAUACAGUGAAAGCAAGGACAAAGCUAUCUAGAACCGAUAGAUGGAAUGAAGAAUUUUCAAUUAAUAUUAGCAAAGGGAAUGAAAUUGAAAUAACUGUUUAUGAUAGAAUUAAUAAUACUACAACACCAGUCGGGAUCAUGUGGCUGUUGCUAUCAGAUAUUGCUGAAGAAAUCCGUAAAAAGAAGACUACUAUGACAAAUGGUCAAGGUUGGGUAAGCGCCUCAAAUCUUGGAAGUACUCAAUCCAAUGACAUUAAUACCGGUGCCGGAGGUAAUAGAAACAAUAACAUGCAACUUGAUAGUUCCAACAUUGGAUCUAAUAUAAAAACUUUAGACAACCAAGAACCACUAAAUUCGGGAGAAAACAAUCAAAUUACUAGUACCAAUUGGUUUAUUAUGGAACCAACUGGCCAAAUAUUGUUAACUCUGGGUUUUAACAAAUCUUCACAACCUGUUAGAUCAAACAUUGUAGGUGGGUUACACCGUCAUGGUGCUAUCAUGAAUCGUAAAGAAGAAGUCUUUGAACAACAUGGUCAUCAUUUUGUUCAGAAGUCAUUCUACAAUAUUAUGUGCUGUGCGUAUUGUGGUGAGUUCUUAAGAUAUUCAGGUUUCCAAUGUCAAGAUUGUAAAUUCUUGUGCCAUAAGAAAUGUUAUACUAAAGUGGUCACUAAGUGUAUUGCCAAAAUUUCUACAGAUACAGAUCCUGAUGAAGCUAAAUUAAAUCACCGUAUUCCUCACAGAUUUGAACCAUGUUCUAAUCGUGGUACUAAGUGGUGUUGCCACUGUGGUUAUAUCUUACCCUGGAGUAAACAAAAAGUACGUAAAUGUUCAGAGUGUGGCGUAAUGUGCCAUACACAAUGUGUUCAUUUGGUUCCAGAUUUCUGUGGUAUGUCAAUGGAAAUGGCCAAUAAGAUUUUGAAGACAAUUCAAGAUGCAGAACGUAAUAAAGGGGAAAAGAAAAUACACAAAUCACAUAAACAAAUAUCACCAUAUAAACCCCGUGGAGAUAUGAUAUCCCCCAACAAACAUGCCUCUGUCUUCAUGGAAAAGGGUAAAAAUAUUUCACCAAGUUCGGAAGUUUACAAGUCUACAUCAAAUAACCAGGAAUAUUCACAGGCCGAAUACCAUUCUUCUGCCCAAGCCUCACCAAGUAAGAUCAACGACACAACAGAUAGAUUAAAUCACUUUAUCGAGGAGAAUGAAGUCUACUUGAAUUUUACAAGAGGUGCAGAACGUGAUGAGAAAUCUCCCGAACUAAAUGAUUAUAACAAUAGAACUUUGGAUCCAACAGCGGAAUCUCUUAAGAAUGUUCCACAAAAUGGUGACUUAAACCUAGCCGAUUAUAAUAGAUAUAAUGGAGAGGAUGAAACAGAACACCCAUAUAAGGAAGAGAAUGAAUUGUGGGAAGAACAACGUCAUCAGUUGGAAGUUGAACUACAUCAGCAAAAACUAGCUGAAUUUGAGAGACAGAAACAAGAAGAAGAGAUGGUCAACGAACCAGUUGAGUUACAAACUACUAGAAUCCAUGAAACAGAUGAGAUACAAUAUGUAGAACCUCAACCAAGUAAAUCUCCAAGAACUUAUUCUAAUCCAUUCCGUGAUACUGAACAAGAUCAUUUAGAAAAAACCACAACUAUGGAUUUGGUUCAUCAAGAUGAAUUACAGGAUAUACCAGAAACCGCCAGGAACAGUAUCUGCGUUUCCCCUCAAAAGGCACAUACAACUACAAAGCAGAAAAGAAAGUCAGGUAAACGUCGGAAGGUUUCUCUUGAUAAUUUCAUUCUUCUAAAAGUUCUAGGUAAAGGUAAUUUCGGUAAAGUUAUAUUAUCGAAAUCGAAAAAUACAGGUAGAUUAUGCGCUAUUAAGGUAUUGAAAAAGGAUAAUAUUAUUCAAAACCAUGAUAUCGAGAGUGCUAGAGCUGAAAAGAAGGUGUUUUUACUUGCAACAAAAACAAAACAUCCAUUCUUAACAAAUCUGUACUGUUCUUUCCAAACUGAAAACCGUAUUUAUUUUGCUAUGGAAUUUAUUGGAGGUGGUGAUUUAAUGUGGCAUGUUCAAAAUCAAAGAUUGUCUGUAAGAAGAGCGAAAUUUUAUGCUGCAGAAGUUCUGCUGGCUCUAAAAUAUUUCCAUGAUAACGGGGUUAUCUAUCGUGAUUUGAAAUUAGAAAAUAUCUUGUUGACACCAGAAGGUCACAUUAAGAUCGCUGAUUACGGUCUGUGUAAAGAUGAAAUGUGGUAUGGUAAUAAGACUUCCACAUUCUGUGGUACUCCAGAAUUUAUGGCACCUGAAAUUUUAAGAGAUCAAGAAUAUAGUAGAGCUGUCGACUGGUGGGCAUUUGGUGUCUUAUUAUAUCAAAUGUUACUAUGCCAAUCACCAUUUUCUGGUGAUGAUGAAGAUGAAGUGUUCAAUGCCAUUUUAACUGAUGAACCAUUAUAUCCAAUUGAUAUGGCUGGAGAUAUUGUUCAAAUAUUCCAAGGCCUAUUAACCAAAGAUCCUUCAAAACGUCUAGGUGGUGGACCUCGUGAUGCAUUAGAAGUCAUGGAAGAGCCAUUCUUCCGUAACAUCAAUUUCGAUGAUGUACUAAGCUUACGUGUCGAGCCUCCAUAUAUACCGGAUAUCAAGUCCGCUGAGGAUACAUCUUAUUUUGAACAAGAAUUUACUUCUGCUCCACCAUCAUUGACUCCACUCCCAUCUGUUUUAACCACUAAUCAACAAGAAGAGUUCCGUGGGUUUUCAUUCAUGCCGGAGAACCUCGAGUUGUAA